CGCCCGAUCGAUCUUCCGAGGGCCUCGGGGCCCGCCACCGAGCGACAUCGCCCGGCGCCGAACAAAAUACGACGCCCAGACCGCAGGGCUCUUUGCAGGAGGAGGAAUCGAAUGAGGGGGAGGAAGAAUCAGACGGCGAGGAGGGGGAUAAAGUGGAAGAGGGCGACAAGACGCUGGAUGCCUGGGCCUCCAGGCCCCCGCCGGGACAAAACUUCGAGCGGCGCGCGCACGGAACGCCGGUGCGGCAGCAGAGCGCCGCCGGCCUGUAA